GCAAUGGUUACAGCCCGCAGCAGCAGCAGCGCAGGGGGACGCCGUGGUGCCUAGCCCGGCCGGGACUCCGCAGCAGCAGUAGGACGACGAGGAGGAGAUGCCGCUGUCUCCCAGUCAUCCCCUCACCGCGCUCUAGGACGGUGCUCGGGGCUGCCCGUGGUUUUGGAGAAGUAGAAGAGAAAAUAUUGCCUGUUUAGACUUCACAAAAAAUGUAACAUGCAUGUGUCACUGGCUGAGGCCUUGGAGGUUCGGGGAGGACCAUUACAGGAAGAGGAAAUAUGGGCUAUAUUGAAUCAAAGUGCGGAAAGUCUUCAAGAGUUAUUCAGAAAAGCUGAUCCUACUGCUCUGGGCUUCAUCAUUUCUCCGUGGUCUCUGCUGUUGCUUCCAUCUGGCAGUGUGUCAUUUACAGAUGAAAACGUUUCCCACCAUGACCUGCGAGCAUUCACAGCACCAGAAGUUCUACAGAACCAGUCAUUGUCAUCUCUCUUGGAUGUUGAAAAGAUUCAUGUUUAUUCUCUUGGAAUGACUCUUUACUGGGGAGCUGACCAUGAAGUCCCUCAAAGCCAACCCAUCAAGCUCGGAGACCAUCUAAACAGCAUACUGCUUGGCCUUUGUGAAGAUGCCAUUUAUUCCCGUGUGUCUGUACGAACUGUUCUGGAUGCUUGCAGUGCCCAUAUAAGAAACAGUAAUUGCGCACCUUCUUUCUCAUAUGUGAAACAGUUGGUUAAACUAGUUCUGGGAAGCCUGCCUGCGAUGGAUCAGCUUUCCUGCAACGGAGAUAGAAAAUCACAGCCAGACAGGAGCCAGGCCAUUCGGGACAGGCUGAGAGGAAAAGGACUUCCCACAGGAAGAAGUUUUAUGGAAAGUGCACCAGAAGGACUUAAGACUCAGUUCUCUCAACACUCCACGCUUAACAAAGGUCUUAGUAAGUCUAUGGGAUUCCUGUCCAUGAGAGAGGCACAAGGAGAGGGAGAAUUUUUCCUGGAUAUUUCCUCAGAUUACAACUCUGGACAUGAAGACACUUGCUGUCCCUAUCGAUGUAAAACUGAUGACUUGGAAAGAAAAAAUAAGCUCGGGGUAGAUGCUGCCUGCAAGCAGAAGGUUUGGGCUUCCUCCACAGACUUGCUAUACACAACUGAUAAAGCAACUGAAAGAGACUGUUCUGGAGAGUCUCGCAGGCACAACCAUCAUUACGACACAAUUACAGUACGGACUUUAGCUACCACCAGGAACAAAGAGGCAAGAUAUUCUGAUGGGAGCAUAGCACUAGAUGUCUUCGGUCCUCAGAAACUGGAUCAGCUGCGCCAGGUGUCAGAGACAUCAACCUCUGCGGCAUUAUUAAGUGCUUUUGACAGAAUCAGAGAGAGACAGAGGAAAUUGCAAGUUUUGAGGGAAGCCAUGGAUGUAGAAGAACCCACAAGAAGAUACAGAUCUUACCACAGCGAUGUUUAUAGUACCUCCAGUGAAAGUCCAUCUAUUACUUCUUCUGAGCCAGAUUUUAGGCAAGGGAAAAGGAAUAAUGGUGUAAAGAGAGAUGAUUCCAGCAGUGCUUUACCAGGAGCUGGUGAUACCUCACUAUCAAGUCAAGUUCAUCCUCAAAGGGGAAGCAGACAACAUGAAACACCCCUUGAUGGCAACUUGAUAAGCCAAGAAAUGAUGUUGAAGCGUCAAGAAGAGGAAAUGGUGCAGCUACAAGCUAGAAUGGCACUUAGGCAGUCUCAACCUAGCCUCUGUCCAGGAGAUCCAGUUAGGUCAUCAGUGCUUGACAUUAGUAGAGAUCCUCUGAGAGAGAUUGCAUUGGAAACAGCCAUGACCCAAAGAAAACUAAGGAAUUUCUUUGGGCCUGAGUUUGUAACAGUGACCAUUGAGCCAUUCAUCUCCUUGGAUCUACCAAAGUCAAUCUUGACUAAGAAAGGGAAAAAUGAGGAUAAUCGACAGAAAGUAAAUGUAAUGCUUCUAAGUGGACAGAAGCUGGAGCUGACCUGUGAUACCAAGACCAUAUGUAAAGAUGUCUUUGAUAUGGUUGUAGCCCAUAUUGGUUUAGUGGAACAUCACUUGUUUGGCUUGGCUACCUUAAAAGACAAUGAAUUUUUCUUCAUCGAUCCUGACAUAAAACUAAGUAAAGUGGCUCCUGAAGGUUGGAAAGAUGAACCCAAGAAAAAGAGCAAAACUCCUGUCAACUUUACUUUGUUCUUCCGUGUUAAGUUUUUUGUGGAUGAUGUCAGUCUUAUACAGCACACUUUGACAUGUCACCAGUAUUAUCUACAGCUAAGGAAAGAUCUUCUGGAAGAGAAGAUGCACUGUGAUGAUGAAACGGCCUUAUUGCUGGCAUCCUUGGCCCUACAGGCAGAGUAUGGAGAUUACCAGGCUGAGGUACAUGGCAUGUCCUAUUUUCGACUAGAACAUUAUUUACCAGCUAGAGUGAUAGAGAAGCUAGAUCUGUCCUACAUCAGAGAAGAACUAUCCAAGCUGCACAGCACUUACGUGGGAGCACCUGAAAAAGAAACAGAGUUAGAAUUUUUGAAGAUAUGCCAGCGGCUGACAGAAUAUGGAGUCCAUUUGCAUCGUGUAUUGCCUGAGAAGAAAUCCCAGACUGGAAUCUUACUGGGAGUGUGUUCCAAGGGAGUCAUUAUUUUUCAAGUUCACAAUGGAGUCCGGACACCAGUUCUUCGUUUCCCCUGGAGAGAAACAAAGAAAAUAUCCUUUAGUAAAAAGAAAAUAACACUACAGAACACAUCAGAUGGUAUAAAGCACGCUUUCCAAACUGACACUAGUAAGACUUGUCAGUAUCUCCUGCACCUGUGCUCUUCCCAGCACAAGUUCCAGCUACAGAUGAGAACCAGACAGAGCAACCAAGAUAUUCAGGAUAUUGAGAGAGCUUCUUUUAGGAGCCUGAACCUUCAUGCCGAGUCUGUUAAAGGGUUCAAUAUGGGCCGUGCAAUCAGUACAGGUAGUCUGGCUGGCAGUACAAUUAACAGACUGGCAGUCCGACCUUUGUCAGUUGAGGCUGAAAUUCUGAAGAGACUGUCCUGUUCUGAGCUCUCACUUUUCCAACCACUUCCUGGCUGUUCUAAAGAGAAAAAUGAGAAAACUUCCUGGGAGGAAAGACCUAAAGCCAUGAGCAAAUCAUUUCAUGAUCUGAGUCAGAGCCAAGUCUCUAUCUUCCCCCAGCGAAAAAAUGUUAUAGCUACUAUGGAUUCCUCCCCAAAGCAAAUAGAGAUGUUAUUGGGAAGAGUCUUCCAGCAGACGCCAAUAUCUGAUACUGGAUCAGUAUCAGGAGCAAUAAAGCUGAACAAUUCCAAAUCUCAUGCAGGAUUAAAUAGAAGUCUUGAAAGGAGGAAAAAUGAAUCAGACUCAUCAUCCAUUGAAGAUACUGGUCAAGCCUAUGUUGUAGGUAUUAGCAUCAAUAGUUCUGGAAAUCCUGCAUCAUCAGCACCAUUGAAACAAAAUGAUUGUCUACGAACAAGUCAGUCCUCGGCAUCCUCACCAGAAAGGGAGAUCACCUUGGUGAAUCUGAAAAAAGAUGAAAAAUAUGGUUUAGGUUUUCAGAUAGUUGGUGGGGAGAAGGCUGGAAAACUUGAUCUAGGAAUUUUUAUUCAUUCAAUUAUUCCUGGAGGGCCAGCUGACUUGGAGGGGUCUUUAAAACCAGGACAUCGGCUGAUAUCUGUGAAUAGUGUGAGUUUAGAAGGUGCCAGCCACCAUGCAGCAUUAGAGAUUCUAGAGAAUGUUCCUGAAGACGUGACACUUGUUAUCUCUCAGCCAAAGGACAAACUUUCCAAAGUGUUAUCUAGCCCCAUACAUCUUGCCAGUGGAACAAGAAGUUUUUUAAGAAGGCCUUCAUCAACGCAGGACAAUGAGGCAGAAUCGUCUUCAGAGGAACACAAUAGGUCACAAGGUCACCAAAGGCCUAUCUCAGGGAUUUCAGCUGGAUUAUCUGGAGGCAAAAGGGAUGGAAGCCUGAGCUCCCAGGACUCCAGGACUGAAAGUGCCAGCCUGUCUCAGAGCCAAAUGAAUGGCUUCUUUGGCAACCACAUCAGUGACAGAGCACAGCAGGAGCUGCAGCAUUGCCAUGAUUCUCAAUCUGUCCAUGCCAAAACCAAUGAGAAAAUGAAAAUCUCUACUGACAGUAACAGAGCAAAUAUAAAAAAGCCUGGUAAUCUGGAAAAUGUGGAGUAUUCUGACCGGGGGGAUUCUGACAUGGAUGAAGCAACUUAUUCCAGUAGUCAGGAGCAACAAGCAGCUAAAAAGGAUUCUUCCUCAACGAAUACAGCAAACAAAAUGAAUUCUAAAAAGCUUUCUGCAACUCCUCUUAAACCUGGAGAUAUCUUUGAGGUCGAACUAGCCAAAAAAGAUAACGGCUUGGGAAUAAGUGUCACGGUACUGUUUGACAAGGGUGGUGUAAAUACCAGCGUAAGACAUGGUGGCAUUUAUGUGAAGGCUAUUAUUCCUAAAGGGGCAGCAGAAACAGAUGGCAGAAUUCAGAAAGGUGACCGUGUGCUCUCUGUUAAUGGGACUAGUUUGGAAGGAGCAACCCAUAAACAAGCUGUGGAAACACUGAGAAACACUGGGCAGGUAGUACAGCUGUUGUUGGAAAAGGGACAGCUUCCUGUGGCCAAAGUCCAUGCGCCAGUUACACCCCAAUGCACUCCUCCCAAUCAGGCGGGACACAGUGACUCCCUGGAUAAGUCAGCAGCAAAAACUGCGGAUACCAAAGACUACAACUUUGUUACCGAAGACAAUACGUUUGAGGUAAAGGUGCUGAAGAACAGUUCAGGCCUGGGAUUCAGUUUUUGCCAUGAAGACAACCUUACACCAGACCAGUUGGGCUCCAGCAUAGUAAGGGUUAAAAAGCUUUUCCCUGGACAGCCUGCUGCUGAAAGUGGGAAGAUUGAAACUGGGGAUGUCAUCCUGAAAGUAAAUGGAGCGUCAUUAAAAGGACUAUCCCAGCAGGAAGUCAUCUCAGCUCUCAGAGGAACAUUCCCUGAAGUAUCUCUCCUCCUGUGCAGGCCACCCCCUGGUAUACUCCCAGAAAUUGAUACUUCUUUAUUGACUCCCAUACAUUCUCCCCAACAAAUAUUUCCAGAUGCCAGGAGAGAUGUCUCUUCUCCAAUGAACGAAGAUCAAGGGGAGAGCUCAGAUGAAAAUGAAGCUAAUGAUAAAAGCAAGAAAAGAUUAAAAUCCCCUUCCAGGAGAGACAGCUACAGUGAUAGCAGUGGAAGUGGGGAAGAAGAAGUAGUAGGGAGUCCAGCAGAGAGAGUACUGGCUGGAAGCCCUGGCUGGAAGUCUGCCCUAUACCAUACUUCAGAUCAAGUGAUUGCUCAGGCACACAGUCAGUAUGAAAUUACUUGUAGCCAAGAAGAGGUGGCCAUCCACUACUCUACUCAUGAGGUCCCUAGGAAACCAGAGUUUGAGGAUAGUAAUCUUCCAUCACCACUUCCACUGGACUUGCCACCAGUACCAAGCUGUAGGACUGUUCCUGAUAUUUCUGCUCCUGGUUUGAUGGGGGAUGCCUACACCAGCUCUGUCUCUGAGCUAAUUUCCCAACAGGGAGGGAUGAAAUCAUUGCUCAGCCAAUUCGAAAAACAUGCUGAUGAAUAUGAACCAGAAGUGGAGCUCGAAGUCUCCAUGACUAAAUCAGAAAAGGGAAGCCUUGGCUUUACAGUGACCAAAGGUAAUGAUAAUGUUGGCUGUUACAUUCAUGACAUUGUGCAGGAUCCUGCCAAAAGUGAUGGUAGACUACAACCAGGAGACCGUCUUAUAAAGGUUAAUGAAGUGGAUGUUACUAACAUGAGUCACACAGAUGCUGUAAAUUUUCUUAGAGCUGCCCCAAAGACGGUCAGAAUAGUGCUUGGCCGGGUUCUGGAGUUACCCAAGAUUCCCAUAUUACCUCAUUUACUGCCUGAUAUUAUAUUAACAUGCCAUAAAGAGGAGCUGGGUAUCUCUUUAUCUGGAGGUCACAAUAGCCUUUACCAGGUGGUAUAUAUUAGUGAUAUCCAACCAAGCUCAAUUGCUGCCAAGGAAGGCAGUCUCCGUAUGUUAGAUAUCAUCCAUUACAUUAAUGGAGUCAACGUACAGGGAAUGACUCUGAAAGAAGCCAGGAGAACAUUGGAAAUGUCACUUCCUAACGUGGUGCUAAAAGCAACAAGGGAUGGUCACCCUUUGGUUCCAAAGUUCAAGGAUGCUAAUUCAAGUCCAAACUCAAAAAAAGCCAACGGCCAUUUCCAUGGAGCUAGCUAUGGCAAAACAGAAAAGGCACCUGAUAUUUACGUGCCCAAGGUUAAUGGAGAAAGCAUGCUAGGAGUUUCUCCAGCAAGUGCAGUUGGUGAUAUUCAUCAGGCAAAAGGGCUAAUGAACUUCACUGUCUCUAGAGAUGUGCCCCCCAGUGUUUUUAUAAAUCAGAUAUCAGAGUUUUCCAAAUGCAGUGGUAACUCAGAAACUGAGAUGCCAGGUGAUGAGUAUUAUGACGAGGAUGAUCAUAAUGAAGUUGUUCAGUAUCUGUUGGAUGUUGUCGAUGAGGAAGCCCAGAACCUCUUAAAUCGCAGUAGUGCAACGUCAGGUGACCAAGUGCCAGCAGGUUCUUUAGCAGCAAAUGGGAAGCUGAUAGAGGAGAAAAAUGAAGAUACAGACUGUGAUGGAUCAUCUUUGCCUGAAGACUUUCCAGAGCCUGCACAAGCAAGUGGCUGUGAAGAACAUUGUGAAGACAAAGCAAUGCCUGAAAGGUUAUUUUCAGAACCUCUUAUGGGGCAAGCAGAUGAAGAUGAAAUUACGUGGGGAAGUGAUGAACUUCCAAUCAAAUCGAUAAACCAGGAUCAUAUAGAUAAAGAUUCUUCUUUCAUGACAAAUGAAGAGCUGUCUGUACUCCCAAUUGUCAAAGUGCUUCCUGGAGGCAAGUAUACAGGAGCCAAAUUGAAGUCUGUCAUCAGAAUGUUACGUGGACUCCUGGAACAGGGAGUUCCUUCAAAAGAAAUUGAGAAUCUUCAAGAGUUAAAACCUUUGGAUCAAUGUCUGGUUGGGCAAGCUAAAGAGAACAGGAAGAAGAACAGAUAUAAAAAUAUACUUCCAUAUGAUACUACUCGAGUGCCUUUAGGACCUGAAGGCGGAUACAUCAAUGCCAGCUUCAUUCGAAUGCCAGUGGGAAAUGAGGAAUUCGUUUACAUUGCAUGUCAAGGACCUCUUCCUACAACAGUAGCAGACUUCUGGCAAAUGGCUUGGGAACAGAAGUGUACUGUGAUAGCCAUGAUGACCCAGGAGGUAGAAGGAGAGAAAAUAAAAUGCCAACGCUAUUGGCCUGAUAUACUCAGCAAAACCAUCAUGGUGAAUGAUAGACUGCGGCUUGCCCUUGUGAAAUUGCAACAGCUGAAAGGAUUUGUUGUGAGAGUGCUGGAGCUAGAAGAUAUUCAAACAAGUGAAAUACGGCGUGUUUCUCAUCUGAACUUCAUGGCCUGGCCAGACCACGAUACACCCUCUCGACCAGAUGAUCUGCUCACUUUUGUUUCCUAUAUGAGACACAUCCAUAAAUCAGGACCUAUCAUCACUCACUGCAGUGCAGGCAUUGGACGAUCAGGGACGCUUAUUUGCAUAGACAUCAUUCUAGGAUUAAUCAGCAGAGACUUGGAUUUUGACAUCUCUGAUUUGGUGCGUACUAUGCGACUUCAGAGACAUGGGAUGGUUCAGACAGAGGAUCAAUACAUUUUCUGCUAUCAAGUUGUCCUGUAUGUCCUAAAACGUCUCCAAGCUGAAGAACAACAGAGAAGCAAAUAAAAUCCCAGAGCCUGAAGUGCUUUUACAAUAAGAAAGCGAGAGAGGCAGAGGGUUUUGCAUAUUUUGUUUGUUCUGCCAAUAUUAUCCCAGCCCUUUUCUUCAAUUUAUAUUCAGCAUUUGUUCUACAAGGACUGUCCUUCACUCCACUUACAGUAUGUAGUACAUAGAAAAAGGCAACACAAUACAGUAUUGCCCCUAUUCCCAGCCAACCCACUCAUAUAUAAUGAUGGGGUUCUUUGUAUACGCUAAACACUAUUUAAUAGAGUUGCAUUUUUGCAGCUUCCUUAAUCUGUUAUGACUUGCUGAAAUAAAAAUGUUUUAAUCAAAAAAAGAAUGAUAAUGUAACAAUGCCUAUGGCAUGUACAUGAUUGUUUUUGGUAUUUGUUUCUACUGCAUUAGGGAUGGGUGGGAAAUCAAAGCAGUAUUUUAUCUUGGGUGUACUCUCUUACAGGGAUUUAAUGGUCUCUUUUAAAAGCUUGUUUAUAGUAGAGCUAUGCUUUUCACCAUUUUAAUACACUAAAGUUUAUUUUGUAGGGGAUACUUGAAAUCAGUAUUUAAGCUUAUAAUAAGACACCUAUUAGCCUAAGAAAAAGUAGUGAAUGUUUACUGUAAGUAUCAGUUAUAAUGUUUACUUCAUAGAGUCACAUGUAUAUAUUUAUAUACUUUUACAAAAAAGCUGAAGUAUAAGGUGCCUGAAUCUAUGAUUGGGCAUCUCCACUGUGUAAAUAAAAAUAUGCUUUAAAAUUUA